AUGUGGGAAAAAGAGGCGCAACUGAAGCUGGUCGAACCUGUCUCAAAGAAAUAUUGGUACGAAGAGUGUGACGGGUUUGUUCCUGCUGUACCAAUAGUUCAAGUGAGUGCCAUUGAUAGUACUGGAUCGACUUCAUUCGUAAUGUUUGAUCGUAUUGUCAUGCAAUUAAUUGUAAAAAGUGCUUCAGAACUCCUAGGUGGUGCAUCAAACAAGAAAUCAGUUCCCGAAAUAUUAAGUAUUGGGGAUGGCACCAUAGGUGAUCCCAAUGACGGGGUGGUCAACAUUGAAAUCCUCGAUGACUUACUCAUAAAAGAGUCAGCUGAUCCACUUGCUUUAAUUGUAAAUGAGACAUACCCAUUAUUUUUAGAGAAUAUGGAUGAUAUCAGUUAUUUGCAACACGGGGCCAUACUGGCUCCGACAAAUGAGAUUGUUGACGUGGUAAACGAUUACAUGCUAUCGUUGGUUCCUAAGGAAAUAAAGACAUAUCUCAGUUUUGAUAGUACAUGUUCAGCAAACGGAAGCAUUGACAGACCUGAUGAUAUUCAUACGCCCGAGUUUUUGAAUACCGUUAAUUCUUCUGGUCUUCCAAAUCACGAAUUAAAACUAGAAGAAGGUGUUCCGGUCAUGUUGUUGAGAAAUAUAGACCAAUCUUCAGUUUUGUGCAAUGGCACCCGACUGUCAAUCACAAGAUUAGGAAAUCGAGUUUUGGAAGCGAAAAUUAUAUCAGGAACCAACGUUGGUCAUAAGGUGUUUAUUCCACGAUUGACUCUAACGCCAUCCGAUACAAGGAUUCCUUUUAAAUUCCAGCGUCGACAAUUUCCUUUCACUCUUUCGUUUGCAAUGACGGUAAAUAAAAGUCAAGGCCAAUCUCUUCAACACGUGGGUAUAUAUCUUCAGAAACCAGUGUUUUCACAUGGACAAUUAUAUGUUGUUAUCUCAAGAGUUACGAGUCGAAGAGGCUUGAAGAUACUUAUUUGUAACAACGACGGGAACACCUCAAAUUAA